UUGUGCCAGCAAUAAAGCGUUUGCUGCAAGUACGGCCUGGUCUUUUACCCUGCGGCAUGACAUAUUUUGGCGACGAGCUCAGAAGAACCACGCAUGGAAGCUAAAACGGAUACACGCCCGAGCACAGCAGCAGCAAUGGCACGAAAUAUGCAAGUAGGUCAAUUGGAACCCUUUGAUGAAUCAACAAGUGAUUGGCCAGCAUACGAGGAACGUUUGCUAGCGUACAUACAGGUCAACCACAUUGAAGACGCUGAUAAAGUUUACGCGCUCUUUAGUAUCGUCGGUGCUAAGACGUAUGGGCUGCUGAAGUCCCUGUGUAGUCCAGACAAGCCAACGUCGAAGACCUUUGAUGCAGUGCUUAAAUUACUAAGGGCACAUUUUACUCCCGAACCUUCAGUCAUCGGCGAACGAGCAAAAUUUCACCGGAGGACUCAACGAGACAAUGAAAGCAUCACGGAAUUCGUUGCGUCACUACGCAAAUUGGCAGAAACGUGUGACUUUGGAUUGUUCUUGGACGAGUCCCUACGUGAUAGAUUCGUGUGCGGCCUUCAACGAGUUGAAAUACAACGUGUACUCUUCACUGAAGAUAAAAAGCUUUCUUUUCAAAAAGCCGUCGACAAGGCCUUGGCACUGGAAAACGCCUCCAAGAAUGCCACGGCGACCCAUGCAAAGUACGAAAGUCCUGGUGACCUGUUCAAGAUACAGGCGGAAAAAACACGUAGCGGCUUAUCUGCGGAAUGUUCUAGGUGCGCCUCAGCAAAGCAUGCCUCGUUAUCGUGUCCUUUCAUCAAUGCCACUUGCUAUCAGUGCAACAAGAAAGGCCACAUUCGCAGAGCUUGCAAGUCCAGGGCGCGGAAGAGAUAUCAGGGCGGAAAACCUAUUCCAAAAAGGUAUGACGCAGUUCGGACACUAUCUAUUCCAAUAAAAGGAAUUCAAGAUGGAAAAAGCGAUCCCAUUGGUGUAACAAUGACUGUUAACGGGAUUCCACUCACCAUGGAGUUAGACACUGGAGCAGCCGUCUCCGUUAUUUCUGCUCAUGAUUUCAAAGCCACAUUUGGAUAUGGCCAGUUUCAGAAAACAGAUUUGAAGCUAAGGACCUAUACAGGUGAAGAAGUUGCGCCGCUAGGAGUGGUACAAGUACAAGUGCAGUACAACAACCAAGCUGCGUCGUUGCCCUUGUACGUCGUUCACCAGCCUGGACCACCACUUUUGGGCCGUCAGUGGUUACGCUGCAUACGUCUGGACUGGCCAUCGCUGUGCAACUUCUGUCGUGUCAGUGUGCCCCAGGAUACCGCGAAAGAUGUCAAAAGGAAGUUGAACCUCCUGCUAGACAAGUACGGUGCCAUUUUCAAGGAUGAGCUGGGGACGGUGAAAGCCCCAGGGAUAUUCCAGCGUAUAAUGGAGAACGUCCUGAAAGGAUCACCGAAGGUGUGCUGUUACUUGGACGACCUACUGAUUACGGGGUCGACACCGGAAGAACACCUGGCCAACUUGGAUGCAGUCUUGAAGAGGCUGUUGUGCAAUAAGGCGACUUGGCUCUGGUCACCGGAGUGCGAACAUUCCUUCAACAAGAUCAAGGAAGUCAUCACGACAGCUCCAGUUUUGGCCCACUACAGCUCCUACUUACCGCUGCAACUGGCCGGCGAUGCGUCUCCGUAUGGGGUAGGUGCUGUGCUUAGUCAUAAGUUUCCUGAUGGUACUACCCGGCCCAUCGCAUACGCGUCCCGAACAUUAACCAAGGCUGAGCAGGGUUACUCGCAGCUGGAGCGCGAAGCACUUGCUCUCGUGUUUGGAGUUGGUAAAUUCCAUUACUACCUCUAUAGAAGGUCAUUUACAUUGAUAACUGAUCACAAACCUCUGCAAACAAUAUUCGGGCCUAAGACGGGGAUUCCUACGGUUGCCGCUGCCCGUCUGCAACGUUGGGCGGUCACUUUAGCCGCUUAUAGAUACACUCUGCUCUACAAAGAAGCCAGUAAAAAUGUAGAAGCAGACUGUCUCUCUAGGAUGCCCUUGACGUAUGAAUGCAACGAGACUGCAGAUGUUGAGAUGUUUUACACGUUACGGCUUGAUACAAUGCCGUUGAGAAGCUCAGAUAUUGCAAGAGAGACUGGACUUGAUCCUACAUUGUGUCGUGUGCGAGAGAUGGUCAUGAGAGGUUGGCCUUCAUCACUGAAGGACCCUGAACUGAAGCCAUACUUUGACAGAAAGUUGGAAUUCACAGUCCACCAAGGUUGCUUAUUGUACGGAAUGCGCGUCGUUGUACCAGGAAAAUUUCAAAAAACGGUGCUGUCUGAGUUGCACGAUGGACACCCUGGCAUAGUCCGCACCAAAGUGUUUGCUAGAAGUUACGUGUGGUGGCCGUCACUCGAAAGGGACAUUGAAGAAUGUGUAAAAACAUGCUUGGAUUGUCAACAGGUACAGCCUGCGCCGCCGAAGUCGCCCUUGCACCCGUGGUCGUGGCCUACAGCUCCAUGGCAUAGACUACAUGCGGAUUUUGCGGGCCCCUUCAAGGGUCACAUGUUUUUAAUAGUCAUGGACGCCCAUUCAAAAUGGCCGGAGGUCUUCAUCAUGGGAAAAACGACGACAAAACACACCAUAGAAAAGUUACACGAACUUUUCUCCAGGUUUGGAAUUCCAGAAAGUUUUGUGACAGACAACGGACCAUAAUUUGU